UAUCGUCAACGCCGCAAAAUGAAGUCCAGCCCUGUUAUCACUGUGGAGCCGAAGUUCUACCUGAAGGAGCAGAUGCAGGAACAUUUGCGCGACCACUAUCUUGAAUUGACGCCAGACACCAAGUUUGUACGAUGGCUGCGAGAGAAUCCCAAGCACCCGAGAAACUGGUCGAUUUACAGGAAGAUAUAUGAUCUUGGACUUGUCUGUUUACUGGAUCUUGUUAUAACUGCUAGCAGCACCGCAGGCGCAGCCGCUGCGUGGCAAGCCAGACAUGAGUACAACGUUGGGCAUACAUUCGCAACAUUUUGCUUUGUGACACUAUUCCUUCUCGGGCAAUGUGUGGGUACAAUUGUGUUCCCUCCAUGGACGGAGUCCUUUGGCCGCAAGAAGCUAUACAUUAUCAGCAGUGGUCUGAGUUGCGUUUGUUGCGUCGUCAUCGGCACCGUGGAUUCCCUUCCUACGGCUAUCGUUAUGCGAGUCAUUGCAGGACUUCUCUCAGCAGUCCCGGGUAACAUAGUGGGCGGAAGUAUCGAGGAUUUAUUUAAUUCGCAGGCGCGAAUCUGGGCGAUCUACUGGUGGACUAUUGCAUCGAAUAUUGGCUUGAUUGCGGGUCCGAUAAUGAGCAGCCACAUCGUUGCCUUCCUCAACUGGCGAUGGGUGUUUUACAUUUACGCCAUCGUUUUGGGAAUUAUUACCGGUCUCCUCUUCCUCAUCUGCGAAUCCCGAUGUUCCUUGCUAUUGACUCGCGAAGUCAAUCAGCUCCGACGUAAAAUCGAAGGCAUCCCUCCUGCGCUGAAUCACGACCACACGCCGACCAUGCAUAAUUUCAUGAAAGAACACUUGUUCCGGCCUGCGCAGCUCUUCUGCGCCGAGCCUAUUGUCUUCGCCAUUGCGAUGAUAAUCUCCGUCGUCAUGUCUCUCAUCUACAUCUUCACUGAGGCUAUGCCCAUCAUUUACGAGUCAAUGGGAUUCACACGUCCCCAAGCGUCUCUCAUGUUCCUGGCAAUCGGUCUUGGUACCUGCCUCAGUGCGUUCACCCGUCUCCUCGACGCCCAUAUUCUCAGCAAGCGACGACGCAAGGGUCUACCUGUUAGGCCCGAAGAUAAACUCGUGGGUCUAGGAAUCGGCACUCCGUUUUUGGCCCUUUCCUUGUGGUGGUUUGGCUGGACCAUCCCGCCCCUGAUCCAAAAUCCCCACAUCCCUUGGAUUGUCCCAACAGUAGCGCUCGUCUUUUUUGGAUACUCGUUGACCGAGAUCGACACCGUUCUUUACGGAUAUAUCUCCGAUAGCUAUCUCAGCUACUCGGCUAGUGCCACAGCCGCAGUGGGCUUCUUCAGAGGGUUGCUAUCUGGCUUAUUCCCCCUCUUCACAAAACAGAUGUUCCAUGGAUUGGGCUCCAAUCUGGCUGUGUCGGUGCUAGCAGGUAUCGCAACUGUCUUUUGCGUCGUGCCACCCCUGUUUCUGUGCUAUGGGGAGCGAAUCAGAAAGCGCAGUCGAUUUGCAGCGUACAGCUGGGAAAUCCAAGGACAAAUGGGGAAGGAUGAAAAUGACAUUUAG